UUUCCUCAGGAUAACACAUCAGCAUCUGGUAGCGAACGAAAUGCCGGUGGCCGACAUUCCAUCAGACUUGUCUGGCAUCUCAGAAGAAGAAGCACACACACACACACACACACACACUGCUUCUGUGGACCCUUACACACGGGAAUGGCACAGCAGUAAAGCGCCUGUCCACUGGAGCUGAAGGGACUGGUUGAUCUGAUUGUUGACAGAACGAACCAACAGCCAUUUUGUUUCCCAGUGUUGAACCUUUCUGGAGCCAACAUGCCCAUCCUGAAGAAGCUCCCAGGGAGGUCCAGGAGUAACCUCAGCAACAGUGAUGUGAUGCUAAAGAAUAACCACGAAAACAAUGAAAUGAUGCUUAAGAGUAACCACGGCAAUGGCGAGCUCAUCAUUCCACCAUCCAGCCUCAACCCCUUCGAAGACGUGGACCUAGACGGGGGUUGGAAUGAUGAAGAAGAUGGGGUAUGGGAGAGAGGACGGGUCCUGACCAGGUCAUCACGUGAGGGCGAGGCACUGGAGAACGAGAUGAACACCGAGCUGCAUGGAGGCCUGAAGGUCACAGACAGGACUAAGGGCAGCUCUCCUCUGAGAGGGACACUGGAACGCAUAUAUGGCUCGUCACCGCUGAAGACGUUGGGAAAACUGAGCAAGGGGCUGCGCCUGACUGGGCGAAAUGUGUGGAGCAACACCCUGCCUGCCACGCCCACUACAGGGAAGGAGAAGAAAAAGAAGAAGAAUCAUAGGAGACCAUCUGAGGAGAUCAUGACCUUGCUGAGGUUGGCGGGGCGGAGGAAGAAGAGCGAGCGGAGGGAGAGUCUCCCAGAAGGGGAGGUGAACGGUGAGGAUGACGGAGACCCUGAUCGUCGACCCUCAUUCUUGCGGAGCCUGGGCAAACUCCGUGGAGACUCGCUCACCAGCCGUGACUCCCAGGAGGCUGAGCAGGAAAAUCCAGAGGAAGAGACGCCCAUCAAGCGCAGGGAGCCGCUCUCAGUCCUUGAGAUCCUGCAGCUGGUCAAUCAGCGAGACCUCCUUCUGGCCGACACCCACAUACAAGAGCUGGAGAGAGAAUGCGAACUCGACCCCACUCUUUUGCAAACACCGCCCACCACCCCAACAAUCGUGGCUACAACCCCUCCCCCUCUGGCCUCCCCUCUGUGGCUCGCCCUGGCAGGCCAGUGUGAUGACGAGGCUCCGAGCGCCUGGGAUGCAAGCAUGAGGAAAAUCAAAGAUGUGGAGUUGCUCUACGAGGCACUGCAGAGAGAGAUGUGGGAUGUGGUGCGUGAGUCGCUUCGCCAGCCAUGUGCCAGUCCCCAGCUCGGGCUAGUCGUGCUUGUGAUCCAGCAGGAGGAGCACGCUGACCGUGUCUGGGCCCUGCGCAAGGAAGCUCAAUCCGAACUCCAUGAUGGGACCCAGACUGACCUGCAUGAGAAGGCUCCGUCAGACCUGUGUGAAAGGGCCCACACUGACCAGCGGCAGGAGGCCCAGUCCAACCUGUUUGAGGGGGUCCGUUCCAGCAAGCGUCCCCGGAGGAUGAGGCAAAAGUGGGCGGAGGCAGUCGGAGAGGCUGCUGAUUGGUCACUGCCACAGCCUGGGGGUGUCACAGCAGGACAGAUGGGCUUGUUUCUGGAUCGUCUGAGAGGACGAGUGGUAGAAGACAUGGACGCAGCGAGGAGGAAUGUGGUAGGAGUGUAUCCAAAGGAGUUCUCCGUGUUUCAGGUGUACAUGCAGAGCUACCACAGAGGCGUGGCCAAGCGUCUCCGAGCGAUCACCGCAGGGCAAGUGCAGAUCACCGAUAUCUACUCAAUGCUUGAUUGGGUCUACAACAUCUACAACAGGGAUGUGCUGGGUAUGGUGGGUGCUAUGGGGUCUUUAGACUGUGGAGCUCUGGAGCCAUUGCUUCCUGCUGAGGUCAUGGACAGGCUGGAACAGGAGUGUCUUGACACUGUCUGGGAUAAGGUAACUAUGGAGCUCUCGCAGGUUCUGGAGGAUGAGGAGAAGCGAUGGACUCAGACUUUACACAUUGAGGAGUACCAGUCCGGCCUUGCACGUUCAAUCAUACAGAGGCUGAAGGUGGACCUGGACAGAUCAACAGGUGUCAGCCAGCCUUUGGGAGCCCGAGUGGCCAGGUGCACUCUCAAAGGGUUAGCUGACUUUCUUCACAGUUUCCAGAGAAAAGUAGAGAUGUUCCACGAGACUCAGGCAGAAUUUGGGGAUCGAGCUGACGGUUACGUGUCCCGCACCAUCGCUCUGGCCAACUGCAUUCCUCCCUUCAGGAGCUUUGUGGAACGCUGUAGGCAGUGUGACCCCCUCGGCAGUGAAGACUCCUCCCACAGAGCGCACUCGUCACUUGAACGCAUCAUCAACCAGUCUGUACGAGUUCUCACCAACAGACUGUUUGAAGACAUUAGGCCCUUCUUUGAUAAACUGCUCAGAAAGAAAUGGCUGAACAACACGGAGGCGUAUGAGAGCAUCGAGGCUUCCAUCAAACAGCACUUUAAAAAGUUUCGCAGGAUGGACUGUCCUCCUUAUCAGACACUGGUGAACGAGGUGCACAGGCGGAUCAUGGUGGAAUAUGUUCGCGCCAUCAUGAGGGGGCGGGUCAUCUGUACGUCACUCAAAAUGAGGAAAAGACUCGCAUUCAGGCUGCAGGACGAGGCCAGGCAGCUCAAAGCACUUUUUAAAGACCUGGAGUCUACCUGUUCCUGGCUGGAUAAUGUGAUUGGUCACCUGGCUGACAUCAUCCUCCUGGAAGACACACCAUCUAUUCAGAUGGAGGUGGGAGUGCUGGUGAAGGAGUUCCCAGAUAUUCGGAGGAAACAUGUCUCUGCUGUACUGAACGUCAGAGGGAUGGUCCAGCAGGUGGAACGACAGGAGAUUCUCGCCGUCGUCCGGGACUUUGAGACUAGCGACAGCCCCGUCCAGGUUUCUAGAGACCACGCCUUGUUCUCCGAGAUCACCGUGGCAACGGACAUGCCCUGUCUGGGACUGGUUCUAAUCCGUUUUGGACUGAGAGUGUCAUCGUGGGUGUCGAGUGCCCGACCUCGCAGGAGGCUUCCCAAGAGGAGCAUGAGCCGGAGAGCGGAUGAUGCGAAUGAACAUGUUACACAAGAGAACCAAUAACGUCUCACUAACCAGUCACACAAGACGACGACUAACCAGUCUACUGUACAAGUCAAUAUGUUAGAGAAAUCAGCCAGAAAAACAAAACAAAACAAAAAAAAACAACACAAUGACAUAUGGACUCACAAACUUGCACUUUUUGAAGUUAGAAAUUGCUCAGAAUUCAAGGUGGGCACGUAUCCUUCAUACUUUACCUAAUCUUAUAAUUCUGUUCACUGAGCUUCCUCCUAAAACAUUUCAACCUACACGUCAUUCCUUUGGUCACUGUUACAACAAUGAAAUGUCUGAUUUGCCUUUGGAGCUUGCCAAAAGUAAUAAGCUGUUAACCUGUUCAACCUCAGUUAGCAGAAAAAUGGCUCAGGAUCCAUCCUCAGGUACUGUUUCUGUUUUGGUUGCUAAAUAAAGUGCUGAAUCCAGAAUGGAACGACCGAACAGAUGAUAGACGCCUGAGCUAUGUUUGUUUUGAAUAACACAUAGCUAGCCCACAAGCAGAAUACUAAAAACAUGACAAUUAAACAAGACAGAAACCAAGUGGUCGAAUGUGCUCAUGCUUUCCACAAGACAAGUUCAGGAAGAAAUAGAAAAAUGUGACCAUCACUUUUCUUUGAGGCAAGAAGAUUCAAACAGGAAGUACUCUCCAUUAUUCACACAGCGAACAGGAAGUAGACUUAAUGACCGCCGAGUCAUCAGUCCCUCAGUCUGACACAGCUAAUGGUUCCUCCGGUGGAAACAGAGCCCUAUUCCAGUUCACACCAAACAAUGGAGCGAGCUCAUGAACAGACACGGGGUCUCGUCCCGAUUUAAUCCAACUCGCGCUCUAGUGCAUUGUUAAACCGUUUAGAUAAAUAAGCUAUAAAAAAGUUAACGCUUACAAGAUAUCCUUAAUCCUUUUCAGACACAGGAUGCAUCGAAGGAGGAAAAAGUGAUUUCCGGAUGAACCGGUGCACGAGUUUGCACAGAGAAGGUUUUCAUCUCAGUAGAGUUUAUUUUCCGUUAUACAUAUAUAGCAAGCAGUUACUGUGGAAAACUGAGUUUAUCCUGAAUAGCUAACUAGGCUAAUCAGUGACACCGAAAGUGUAAAUGUAGGUCAAUUGCUGUCGGCCAUCUUUGUGCCCCCAAAUCGCCUGGCUUGUUAUGCAUUCUAAAAAAUUUAUUAGAUUGUUCGUGAUUGAAAGCAUGAAGCCAGAUUUUGCUAAAAGAUUCGGACAAAGACUCUUAGCAAGAAAUGAUUGCUAACAGUAACGUCGUGUCAAACUCUGGCUUUUUCGAAGACUCGUAAUGUUUGUACCGCAGGAUUUUCACACAUUAGCACGGAGUAACGUGUAACCUGGAGUGGACAUGAUGAUCCCCAGGGACCAGUCAGAUUAGAGCAGGACAAACUUGGUCUUAUGAGAACAUUUUCUGGUUUAUAAGGACGUCGGUAAUGAGGAAGAUGGUAAUGAAGCACGGGAUACAGUAAUACUGUUUUUGAGAGCUAGUACAGUAUGUUUAAUAAAAGGUCUUAGAGCACAGUAGGCUAUACAGUACCUGCAAGUAAUAGAGGCUCUGGAAUGAACUUUCCUUUAAAUUUUCAGUAAAACUGUAUGUCCAUCGUCACAGAGUCAUAAAAUGGGAGGGUCCAUCAUCAUUGUCAUAAAAUGAGAGGGUUUUGUCAGGAAGGGCAUCCAAAUCAAAUAUGCGGACCAGACGAUCCGCUGUGGCGAUCGCAAAAACAGGGAGCAACCGGAAGAACAACAGCAAUUUCUAUGUCCAUCGUAAUGAAUCUUAACACAAAACUCUUAACACUAAUCCAUACCGAGGUGAAAGAAGGUUCCAUGUUCCAUUUGAGUAACACGUACACUCAAGCGUCAUUGUGCACAAUGAUUACCAAUAGUCCAAAAUAAAGGGUUUCUUAAUAAAGAAGUAUUUUCAGUAA